AUGAGAAUCACAUCAACGCUCUUACUUUUAUUCAUUCAUUCGGCCGUCGCCAUGAAGAAUGUUAACAACAAGUGUCCCUUGCGUUCAAUAAACAGCACUUGUAAUACGUGUGUCCAGACGGUGAAGAAUCUAUCGAACUCUCUGUUGUCUUUACACAACAACACGGUGCAUAAAUUAGAAUUGAAGAAAAAUUUUGACUUCGGCAACAGUCUUUUGAACGUGCACCUGAAACAGUCAGAGGACUCGCUUCCUCCAGUUAUGUAUUCGAACGAGGGGACGCUGGACCCGACUGUUAAGCCCCGACUGCAGAGAAACUUCCUUGAGCUUAACGAGCUGACUUUGGACUAUACGGUUAAACUAAACAACGACCUCUCCGCCACUUCCAACUUUGUAGUUGAUCUUCCAAAGACAUUGCAGGUUACACUGAGAGGCUUGAGUGGUGACUUGAAGGAGAUUAGCGUUAAUACUGAGGAUCUGCUGAAGAGGCUUGAUUUUGUUCUUAAAUAUCGCAAUUCACUAAUGGGAACAUCAUACAACUUCCGUUCAAGCGAAAAGACCGUCGAGUUGAUACAAAGGUUUGAGAAUUUGUAUAAGUUGUUUGGAAAACACGUUAACGUUACCCCUAAGUUGGAAGUAGUGCUGGAUAAAAACAACAAGUUGUCGUACAGGGGCUGCCUUGUGCUCAAGAGGGACAACCUGACCAUUACGCCGAUUUUACACUCAAAUCCCAAGAAAUGUGAGUUGGCGAUGGAGGCUAAGCUGACUGACGAGGUGAAGGUGGGCAUGUUUGUCAACCGUGACAAGAACGUGUACCUCAACUUGAGUUACGAGAGUCGUUGGGGGAAGCACUCCUGGCAGCAGUUCGCGCUCAGGUUCGUGCUCUCCGACGUCCUCAAGUCCUACGCGUACGUGCAUAACGAAGUACAGCUUUAA